CACCGAGUCACCGAAAUGGCUUUCAAAAUUUUCGUUACUUUGGCCGUCUUGGGCGUUGCCAAUGCUGUCCUGCUCCCAACGCUGGUUAAGAAAGUAGAGCUGGAAGCCCCGGCUGAGUACCAGUUCUCGUACUCCGUACACGACGAACAUACCGGAGACAUCAAGAGCCAGCAGGAGGAACGUCAUGGCGAUGAUGUUAAGGGACAGUACACUCUGGUUGAUGCGGAUGGACACCGUCGUGUCGUUGACUAUACCGCUGACGAGCAUAAUGGAUUCAACGCCGUCGUCCGUCGUGAGCCACUGACGGGACACAAGCUGGUUAAGACUGUGGUUCCGGUGACCAAGGUUGCCGUACCGGUAGCUCACUAUGUAGCUCCGGCUCUGAAGGUUGCUGUACCUGUUGCCAAAUACGCCGUCCCGGUUGCCAAGGUUGUUGCCCCAGCACAUGUGGCUACUGUUAGCUUCUCUGCUCCAAGCCUUACCUAUCACUACUAA